AUGGGUAGAGUCAGGAGUUUGUCACUUGUAAGCCACCUGAAGAAAGCAGUGAAGAAAGUGAGACUCAUUUUGCUUGGCCUUAAACUACAGAGGUGGCGCAUAGCUUCAGUUCUUGGAUGCGCUGCAACUAAAAGCCGGUGUUUGAGCUUCAAUGAAAGAUUGGGUUUGGAGGGCUGCAUAGAAGUUGAUACAUCUGAUUAUCAGAAUAGCUCCCACUUGAGAAGAAUUCAUAGCACAAUUAGUCGUUCUUCUUCGAUUGAUUAUGAGGAUGUUGAUCAAAGGGCUGAUGCUUUCAUUGCUAAUUUUCGACGGCAGCUCAGAUUAGAGAGACAGGUUUCUCUGGAGCUACGCUACUGCCGGAGUGAGAGCAUUUAG